CCGAGAUCAUUUUACUCUUCAUGAUGCCCAGGUCAGUAUACAUGGUGAGAUCCUAAACAUAAAUUCUUGAUAUUACUUUAUUUUCCACCUCAAAUCUAUAAAGUUCACAUAUAUAUUCUAACAAAAUUGACAUUCAACUUAUCCGAUAAAGUGCAUGAUUUUAUCAAAUAAACAGGGUGGGAAAUUCUCACAGAAAGGUGCAGCAAUUCUCACAGCAAAACUUAAGAUGCAAUUAAUUUAAACAAAAGAUGAGAAAAGAUAUUAUCUUCCAAUAAUCAGUCAGAGAAAAGAAUCCAAAGCAGUUAGUUGGCGUACAAGCCUAUAUAGUUUGUUGUAGGAGAAGUGACGAUGUGGAAGAGCUUGGCAGAGCUUCACCUCUGCGUUUUCUUUUAAGCGUAGGAUGUGGAAGACGAAAAGAAUAAAAAGAAGGGAGGCAGUACGGACAAGGAUGUUUUUAUUAAUUUGCUGGUCUGGUCUGAUGUGGUCUGGUCUAGUCUGGUCUGAUCUUAAAUUUUACUUUUUAUAUUUUUUACAUAAAGAUUUUUAUUUUAUAUAUAUAUUCUAAUCCAUAAAUAAUUAUAUUUUAUUCAUUAUAAUUAAAAAUAAUAAUAGUAAGGGAGAACUAUCAAAUAGAUCCUUCUACUAUAUCAAAAAGAUCAAUUAAGUCCUCGUACUUUGGAAUCGAUCAAUUGAGUCCCCGAACUCAUAAAAAAUGUUCAAUUGGACCGUUUAGCAUGUGAAGAACAAGUUUGCCGGUUGCAAGGCUACGUGGACCUCCACUUGGCUAUGUUUUUCUUUUCCGUUUUUUUCUUUCUUUCUUCUUGCUAUUCGCACACUCAUUCGCACCUAAUAGUCUAACACCAGAGAGAAAAUGAGGAAUUCAGAAAUUUCUCUCUUUAAGCCUCUCCGCCCAUUAUGCUUAUUGAUCUUUAUUCUAAGUGAGCUUUCCGGUUCUUAAACCCCUUCGCACAAAGGAUAUGAACUAAAUCUGGAAUUGCUGCCAUCUUCGGAGUUGUAGCUUGUGGCUGCCAUCGCCGGAGUCGCUCCUCACUCACAAGCUAAGCGAACGGCAAGGCGCGGCCAGAUCUACACAGUGGCGUCUUCCAAGAUGGAUGAAAAUGGAGGCCGACUGGACUAAGUUGCAGAGGACGGUGAGGUAGAUGCCGACACACAGCUACCCAGGUGUGGUCGAAGAGGAUGCCAGCAAUGCUCUGUGUGAACGGAAUGGAGGAGACUAGGGAAGGAUACAAGCAGUGAGUACCUUACAAUUGCGUCGGCGAGUGGUGGAUCGGUGGCUGGCCGUUGAGUGUCAAAAACGUCGGGAGUUGCUGCCGGAGAAGAUGAGGAACGGUGGGGGAAGCUGACAAACGGACAGGGAAGAGAAAGAUUAACCGGAAGACAAUUUGCAAAAAUAAAGAAAAAUAAAAAAAUAGACUGGUUGGAAAAAUAAGAUAAAAAAAUAAAAACAUUAAAAGACCAUGUGGACUGUCCACGUAGACGGUCAACCGGGAAACUUGUUCUUCACCGGCUAAACGACUCAAUUGAAUUUUUUUUAUGAGUUGGAGGACCCAAUUGAUUGAUUCUAAAGUAAAGGACCUAAUUGACUUUCACAACAUAGUAGGAGAACUUAUUUGAUAGUUUUCGUAAUAGUAAUAAUAGUAUGGGAAAACUAUCAAAUAAACCCCUUAACUAUUCAAAAAAAUCAAUUAGACCCUCCUUACUAAAAAUCCGAUCAAUCAAACCCUCGAACUAUUAAAAAAGAGGCAAAUCAUCUUUUUAACCGGUACCCUCCAAGUUCUCGGUCAGACUGCAUACAUGUCAUGUGAGGUGGCUUUUUUUCCUUUCCCUUUCUUCUUCCCUGCGCUUCUCUUCUUCUCAAUCCGCGCCUCAGCACCUGCAACAAAAUUUCUCCUCUCUUUCUUUCCUAUUUCUCUUCUCCUUCCUAGUUCUCUGCUCGUUUUUCUCGGCCUCACUUCUCCCUCCUCGAUGGUGUAUGCUUCCUACGCCUAUUCCUCUUCUUUGCCGCCGACUAGGGUCUAUAGCCGGAUUGAAGCUACGAAACAGUCGAAAGGAGGAGCCCAUGGCUGGUGGUACCGACGGACAAGCCCUCCGAAACCUAUAAAGGAGAAGGAACCUUCAGCCAGAGUUGCUGGAUGAGAAGGAACGACCUGUCCUGGUCGCUACUUUCCGGCGAGAUUCUCUGAAUGGCUCCUGCCUCCUGGAGCUAUUAACCGACAGAUGGGGUGAAGAAUAGAGGACUCUUCUUAAAUGGGAAGGGAGAUGAUAAUCGGUGGUAAGGUGGGAGAAGAAAGAGGGAGUGGAACAAAGAAGAUGGAAGAAGGGGGGUUUACUGGAACAGUGGAACGGGAAGGAGGAAGGUGAAGGAGAAAAGUAAAAAGAAAAGGAAUAAAGAAAGAAAAAAGAAAAAAUAGAAAAAAUGAAAAUAUCCGGUGUGUUCGUACAAAAUAACCGGACAAUUUGUUCAUUACCGGUCAAAAUGAGGAUUUGCCAUUUUUAACUGAGCUUGAGGGUUUGAUUGAUUGGAUCAUUUUACAAACCGCUAACAUUAUCGUCUAAUCAAAACAUCCAACAGAAUCCGUUAUCAUCAAUCAGUUAACAUAAUCAGCCAACAGCCAAUCGUCAACAACCAAUUGCCAAACACCCCCUAUAUGUAAAUAUGAAGAAUUCUAA